CCGGGAUGCUGAACAGAUUGACCAGCACAGGCUUUGUUACGGACCUAGCCACCAUGAGAGAUGUGCUUCAGGAACUUAAAAGCCUUUCACUGAAACUGCAAAAGAGGAGUACCUCCCUAACAGAUGCCAGCCGGGACAUUAGACUGACAAUGGAGGUUUUGGAUGCCAUGAAGACACAUGGGGGUAUGUCAAUGAGAGAAGCAAAAGAAUCUUUGAUGGAGGGAACCUUUAAGGGAGUAGCCCUGAAGGAAAGCACAGAGAAGGUCAAUCAGCUUCAGUUCUUUCAGGCAGUGAUCGACAACCUGUCAAGUCGUCUUCCAGAUUCUGAACUCACAAAAUCAUUAAAACCAUUAGACCCUCACAACUGGCCCAAAACAAGGGAUGAACUGAUCUUGUAUGGGGAGAAGGAGAUACAUGAACUUGCAAAGGAUCUGGGUGUUUCAACCAGAGAGGCUGUUGAAGAUUUCCGUUCAUGGAAACUACAAGAGGAUCAAAGUGGGAAGACCUUAAGAAGAUUGAUAGUUGCAAGCCAGACAUAUCUAGCAACUUCAGCAGAGUGUGAACGAGGGUUUUCUGCAAUGAAUGAUACAGCCAGUAAGUCAAGAAAUCGCCUAAGAGUCAGAAGUCUCUCAGCUGUUUUGUUCAUUGACAUUAAUGCACCCCCAUUGGAGAUGUUUGACCCAAAGCCUUUUGUACUGUCCUGGAUUAAAGAGGGGCACUGUCCAUCCACAGCAAAGAAGUCAGGAAUGGAAGCAAAAAAUAAGAGUGAAGACAGACCACUGUGGUCUAUUAUGUGUUGAUUUGGGACAGUACUUAAAUGUAAAUACUGCUUUAAAAUAAAUAAAA